CCGUGUGUUACCAGCGUAGUCGUGUUUACUCGAAAGAGCUUAAGUAACUUCAACAUGUCAGCCUCCAUAGCACGGGCGACAGUUAGGGCGGUCAGCAGACGGAAAAUACUGCCCACAAGAGCAGCUUUAACGCUCACCCCUUCUGCUGUGAAUAAAGUCAAACAGCUUUUACAGGAUAAGACAGAAUAUAUUGGCCUCAAGGUCGGCGUUCGAACCAGAGGUUGCAAUGGCCUCACCUAUACUCUUGACUACACCAAGGAGAAAGACAAAUCAGAUGAGGAGGUGUUGCAAGAUGGUGUGAGGGUGUUCAUUGAGAAGAAGGCACAGCUGACAUUGCUGGGCACAGAGAUGGAUUUCGUUGAAACGAAAUUUUCCAGCGAGUUUGUAUUCAACAAUCCCAACAUCAAAGGAACGUGUGGGUGUGGCGAAAGCUUCAACAUAUGAACCUCGCUGCACGUUCUACUGCACUUAGAGCUCUACCCCUGCAAAACAUCCACUCCAAGUCCAUAAUUCAAAGAUCCAUCCUGAAGAUGUGUGGGUAAAGGUCUGAGACAUAGGAGACCGAGAAAGAGACUGAUGUUUAGUGGAAUGUUUGGGCAUCACCUCCUGCGCUGCUACCAGCCACCACAACACCGAUGUACCCUUUCUGUGGAACACAAUUGGAGAUAUUUUGAAAAAUCUUCACACAAAGUUCUCAUUUUGUGUUUCACAAAAAAAUAACAGGUUUGGAACAACAGUAGAACUAAUUUUGGGGUAAACUACUAUUUCCUUCAAGAAAAUCUUGUGUUUGAUGCUGUCUUUUGAACAUGUGCCUGUACAGCCUUCUCAUGCGGAUCUCAGGCGAGAGAUUAUAACUGCACUCCAUGUUUGUGGUUUUUGAAGGACUUUAAUGAAUUGAUUUAAUAAAUAAAUAUAAUAAGUUAUCUGUCAUCCAGUUGAACUGACUCGCAUUCAUAUUUUGCUAACCUGGUUAAUGAGAUCUAAUGAUGAGGCUGAACCUGCUGAUAUCACAACAUGUCUCAUCCUUAAAAUUAUAGGGCCUCGAUGUACAACAAAGGAGCUUUGCAGUUGCUUCCUUUUGGUUACUUUGCACACAUUUGGUGUAUUGUGGACCAGCAUUAGUAGUAUUAUUUUUUUUUUUUUUU